UUGGGGGCCGAUAGACAAAUGGCAACGAGCAAUUGGGAGAAGUUUGUGCUUCUCCUGUGGAAGAACUGGAUCCUACAGAAGCGCCACUACAUUCAAACGCUGUUUGAAAUUCUAAUACCGGUACUGUGCUGCUCCAUUCUGCUGCUCGUGCGCGGACUGGUCGAUCCGGAGUAUGUCGAUCGCGACACGGUGUUUAAACCGCUCGAAACUGACCGGCUAACGCAUCUGGCUAAAAUGGCGCAGGAGAAGAAGUUCGAGUUUAAGCUUGCCUACUCGCCCCGGAAUGGUUUGCUGGAGGAGAUCGUACAGAACGCAGUGCGAUCGUUGAACGCGAAUGAUCCUGAGGCGCGAUUAAGCUAUGCGUCGUUUGCUGAUGCGCGGGAGAUGGAAAGCGUACUGGUGGAGUCGACAUUUUUGGCGGGCGUCGAGUUCGACGACAGUUGGGCCAGCUGGACGAUGGGAGACGCAGUGCCGGAUAACCUGACGUUCGCUGUGCGGUUUCCGGCCGAGCUGCGAAACGACGAGUUCCAAUUUUCGAACUGGGUUACAAACAUGCUGGUGGUACCGUUCUCACCGCGGUUGCGAAAUCCGGAAGAUGACGAUGGUGGCUCUCCGAGUUAUUACAAGGAAGGAUUCCUCGGGAUACAGGGAGCCAUCUCCAGGGCAUUGCUGGAACGCCGGCUAGCUGGUGUCGCGUUGCCGACGGUACAUGUGCAGAGAUACUCGUACCCACCGUACUACGAUGAUGCGAUUCUGGAGGCUUUGCAACAGCUGUUAGCGCUUAUCAUCGUCAUAUCGUUCUUCUACACCUGCAUCAACACGGUCAAAUACAUCACCAUCGAGAAGGAGAAGCAGCUGAAGGAAGCGAUGAAGAUUAUGGGCCUUUCCAAUUGGUUGCAUUGGUCGGCAUGGUUUGUGAAGUGUCUCAUCCUGCUGACGGUCUCGCUUUCACUCAUCACGCUACUCCUUUGCGUUCCCUUUAGCUCGGCGGCCAUCUUUGAAAAUUCCGACUGGACGCUUAUCUGGUUCUUCUUCUUCAUAUACAGCAUCAGCACGAUCUGCUUCUGCUUUAUGAUAAGCGUGUUUUUCAGCAAGGCCAACACGGCGGCCGGUAUUGCCGGGUUGCUCUGGUUCGUUUCGCAGCUCCCGUUCAAUGUGAGCCAGCAAAACUACGACGAAAUGGCAACGGGCGCAAAGAUAGGCAUGUGCCUGCUCUCCAAUUCCGGCAUGUCCUUGGCAAUGUUUCUGACCGUUCGGCUCGAGGCAACAGCGGUUGGACUGCGGUGGUCAAAUCUUUUCGAACCGGCCACCAUCGAUGAUGGUUUCAACAUUGGGCUGGUGAUCAUUAUGCUGCUAGUAGACGCGGUGCUUUAUCUGCUGAUCGCGCUCUACGUGGAGCAGGUAAUGCCGGGCGAGUUCGGUAUAGCACGACCGUGGUAUUUCCCCUUCACGAAGGAGUUCUGGGUACGCAACCGGACUCCAUCGCGUGACACACUGUUUAAUCGCGAGGAGCAGAGCGCCACUACCGAUUCCCGCUACAUCGAGCAGGAUCCGGCUGGGUAUGCUGGAGUGGAAAUAAAGCAACUUCGCAAGGUGUACAAAGGAAACAAGGCGGCAGUGGAUGGGUUGAAUCUGCGGAUGUACGAAAACCAGAUCUCCGUAUUGCUCGGACAUAAUGGAGCAGGCAAAACGACGACCAUGUCCAUGUUGACCGGUGUCUUCUCACCCACUUCUGGGACGGCGCUUAUCAACGGGCACGACAUCCGUACCGAUAUUGAGGGUGUACGAUCAUCGCUGGGGCUUUGUCCACAGCAUAAUGUGCUGUUCGACGAGAUGACAGUGGAUGAACAUUUGAAGUUCUUCUCACGCCUCAAGGGUGUGCCGGUGCAGUCAGUCGGUGAAGAGAUCGAUCGGUAUCUCAAGUUGCUCGAGCUGGUGGACAAACGUGAUGCCCAAUCGCACACACUGUCCGGUGGUAUGAAGCGAAAGCUUGCCGUUGGCAUGGCACUAUGCGGUGGUUCGAAGGUGGUACUGCUCGAUGAACCCACCUCCGGUAUGGAUCCGUCCGCCCGGCGUGCCCUGUGGAAUCUACUGCAGAAGGAAAAGCAACAUCGCACGAUGCUACUAUCCACGCACUUCAUGGACGAAGCGGAUGUGCUGGGCGAUCGGAUAGCGAUCAUGGCGGAGGGCAAACUGAAAGCGGUCGGAUCGCCCUUCUUCCUGAAGAAAUCGUUUGGCGUUGGAUAUCGGUUGAUCUGCGUGAAGGAUGCACGCUGUGACAAGCAGCGCCUGUUGGCUAUACUGCGGAAGUACAUCCCGGACGUUACGAUCGACACGGACAUCGGUUCGGAGCUAUCGUUCGUUUUGAAGGAGGAUUAUAUUGACGUGUUCCAGCGGCUUCUUGAGGAUAUCGAACAGCAAAUGGAUAGCUGCGGCAUCACCAGCUACGGUAUCUCGCUCACUACAAUGGAGGAAGUAUUCUUGAAAGCCGGUAGUGACAGUUUUGAUGAAACGGGAACUCAUACAAACGGUGCUGUUGUAGAGACAGGCAGUUCAGAAUAUGCAUUAGAACGACUGCACCUGCUGACCGGUAAGGAGCUCCUGUUGAACCAAAUACAAGCGCAGCUGCUCAAGAAGUCUUUAUCGACCGUACGCGCCUGGAUUCAGCUGGUGAUGAUGUUUGUAAUUCCAAUAUUCUUCGUCUGCAUGACGUUCAUCAUCACGAGAAGCAUCUCGGCAGGAAACGAUCUGCCCGCACUGGCGAUCAACAUGGAUGCUUACGCUAAAUCCAUCACAGUACUGCAGGGUACGAACGGUGAUCCGGCAAGGGUUGAAGCCUUCCAGAAUAUGUUUGCAGAGCAAGGCGAUCUAGUCACGAUCGAGGAGGAUAUGACGGAGUACAUUGUGCGCAAGUCCAAAGAGGACAUAGCCUCGGUAAAUACGAGAUAUUUCGUGGGUGCUACCAUCGCCGGCGGUUCAUCGUACGUGGGUUGGUUUAACAACAAAGCCUUCCACACGGCACCGUUGGCCCUGAAUCUAAUAUACAACGCCAUCCUGCAGGCCCAAUGCACCGAGUGUCGGUUGCAUGUGGUGAACAAACCGCUUCCGUAUCGGUUGGACACGCAGCUGGAAAAGCUCAACACCGGCCUGAACGCCGGGUUUCAGCUAGCAUUCAACACGGGCUUUGCGAUGGCAUUCGUGACGGCGUUGUACAUCAUGUUCUACAUCAAGGAGCGCACGUCGCGUGCCAAGUUGCUGCAGUUCGUCAGCGGUACCAACGUGACCAUGUUUUGGCUGCUUGCUUUCAUGUGGGACUACACACUGUUCGUGCUGAACAGCUUGGUUUACAUCGCAACGGUGGCCAUCUUCCAGGAGGAAGGCUGGUCGACAUUUGAGGAGCUGGGGCGAGCGUUUCUGCUGCUGCUUUUCUUCGGAUUUGCUGCCCUGCCCGUCACGUAUCUGUUCUCGUUCCUAUUCAGCGUGUCAGCCACCGGGUUCGUACGCACGAUGUUCGUGAACGUUCUGUCGGGUGCUAUAUUUUUCACCACGGUCAACAUUCUCAAGUUUAAGGGCAUUGAUCUGAACGAUGUGGCCGAGGGCCUUGAGUGGGUGUUUAUGUUCUUCCCCAACUUUAUCCUGAGCCACGGGUUGAACAACCUAAAUGCGGCGUCCAGUACGGCGAACUUAUGUAGGAAGACUUGCGAGCUGCUUGGUCCUCUGUGUGACGUUAACAACUUGUGCGCGAACGAUGCACGUUGUUGCGAUCUGGAGGUGUUCUCUUUCGGCAAGGUUGGCAUCAUACGGAAUCUACUGUUCUGUCUGUUGAUUGGAUGUGUCAGCUUUGGAUUGCUGUUUAUGCUGGAGUAUGGCGUACUGCAACGAAUGUUCCGUCGGACAUCCAAGCCUAGCCCAUCCGGAACGCCUAACCACCCUAGCAGCACCGACGUAGAUUCGGACGUGCUGGAUGAAAAGCGUCGCAUACAGAAUCUCAACCGAAAGGACAUGGAUGGACAUAACUUGCUGUUGCGCGAUGUGACAAAGUAUUACGGCAAUUUCCAAGCGGUAAACAGCCUAUCAAUUGGCAUCAACCAUUCAGAGUGCUUCGGGCUGCUGGGCAUCAACGGGGCCGGUAAGACCACGACUUUCAAGAUGAUGACCGGCGAUGAGGAAAUUACGUCCGGUGAUGCUUGGGUAAAGGGUAUCAGUCUGCGUACGGAUAUGAACCGGGCACAUCGUCAAAUCGGGUACUGUCCACAGUUUGACGCACUGCUGGAAGAUCUGACGGGCCGCGAAACAUUACGUAUUUUUGCGCUACUGCGAGGCGUACGAAAGCAAGAGGUGAAAAAUGUGUCGUACAUCCUGGCGGAAGAGCUGAACUUCACGAAGCAUCUCGACAAGCGCACGAAAGCGUACAGCGGGGGCAACAAGCGAAAGCUCAGCACGGCGUUGGCACUGCUUGGUAAUCCAUCGGUGGUGUACUUGGACGAACCGACCACCGGUAUGGAUCCGGGGGCAAAGCGACAGUUCUGGGAUGUGAUUUGCAAGAUUCGUAAUUCGGGCAAAUCGAUUGUGCUGACGUCGCACAGCAUGGAAGAGUGUGAGGCCCUAUGCACCCGGCUAGCCAUCAUGGUGAAUGGGGAGUUUAAGUGUCUCGGUUCGACGCAACAUCUGAAGAAUAAAUUCUCCAAAGGAUUCCUGCUAACAGUCAAGGUAGCACGGGGAACUUCCGAAGCGCAGCAAAAGCGUGUCGCCGGUGUGAAAGACUUUGUAAUGAGUCGCUUCAAUGGGGCAGUGUUAAAAGAGGAAUACGAAGAUUCGCUCACGUUCCACAUACCGGUGACGGACCUGAAAUGGUCCCAGAUGUUCGGUCUGAUGGAAAGCUCCAGACAGUCGCUGGAAAUAGAGGACUACGCUCUCGGUCAAACGUCGCUCGAACAGGUGUUCCUGUUCUUCACCAAAUAUCAACGUCUUACAGAGUAAACCCCUCUGUGACUGUGGCGCGUCUCUUUAAUUGAGACUAGCAACGACAGACACGAGACACAAACGAACAAACAUUUUGAGAAAUAUGUUGCAAAGUAAGCAAAAGCGAUGUUUGUUUCAACGACAAAUUAAAAAGGGGGUGCACAUUAAAUGUUUGUAAUUUAUUGUAAAAAAGAUUGUAGUAAGAAAGCAGUAAGUUUAGCAUGAAAUAAUUUAAUACAUCGCAAGUCAAGGUUGUUAUAAUGUAAUCCGUUGUUAGAUGUAGUAGACAUUGAUGACACAAAAAUCAAUGGCAGUAGGCCGGUUGGACGGUGAUUCGUAAACAAAUCUAAAUUUAGCUGUCACAUCCAUUGCUUUUUGAGUGUUGUGAACAUUUUGAACUAUUUAGAGGUAAGAAAAGUAAAUAAGUAAAUUCCACUUACGAAUUGUGUAUUAACGAACAAAUUUAGCGAACAAAAGUUAGGUGCAUUAUAGACGUUUUACCUGAAAUGAGAAAAAGAAGGUUUCA